GUCGGCUCUUUCGCUUCUACCGGCAGCGCGACGCGGCGGACCUGCGGGGGGUGGUGGACUUCUCCGCGCCGGGGGGACAGGUAACGGCGCGCUGUCGCUGCCCUCGUUGCACGGGGCUGGGGGUCGCUGGGUAGCGCGGCACGGCGGGGCCCAGCCGGCCUGCCCGCCUCCGCCCUCGGGAGGAUCCGGGCUCCGUCCCCGAGCCUUUCCCGCGUCAUCGCAGCGUCGGAGGGCCUUCCGGGGCUGGAGGUGGGCGCCUUACGAAGGGCGAUGCCCGCAGAGGCCCCACGCGAAGGACGGCGGCGCCCCCCGAUGGUGUUCAGAUCGCAGCUCAGUAUUUCUUCCGUCAGCGACCAAGAUGCCUGCAGGGCAGGACUGCAGCCGGUUAGCCGGUGGAAAGCCUAUGGCCUCAGUGGGUACCCAGGGUUUAUUUUCAUACAAAACCCUUUCCUUCCGGGCUGCCAGCGUCACUGGGUGAAACAGUGCCUCAAGCUAUACACCCAGAAACCCAAUGUCUGCAACCUGGACCUGCACAUGGCUCCUGAGAAGACCGCUGAUCUGUGGGGGCAAAGCAAGGAAAAGCUGAGAAGGAAAGGUUCCAGUAAAUGUGAGCCCAGAAGCUUACUGGAGAAGCUGCGCUGGGUGACCCUCGGUUACCAUUAUAAUUGGGAUACCAAGAAGUACUCAGCAAAUCACCACACUCCUUUCCCCUCAGACCUUGCAUUCUUGUCAGAACAAGUGGCUGCAGCCUGUGGAUUCCGGGGUUUCCAAGCCCAAGCAGGGAUCUUGAACUAUUAUCACUUUGAUUCUUCACUGGGAAUUCAUGUGGAUGAGUCUGAACUAGACCAUUCUCGUCCCCUUUUAUCAUUCAGUUUUGGGCAGUCUUCCAUAUUUUUACUUGGGGGCCUGAAGCGGGAAGAGGCCCCAACAGCAAUGUUCAUGCACAGUGGAGAUAUCAUGGUGAUGUCUGGCUUCAGCCGUCUGCUAUAUCAUGCUGUCCCCCGUGUCCUUCCCAACCCUGAAGGGACUGCUUUGCCUUCAUGUUUCGACCAAGCACUUUCUUCAGACCUUCCUGUUGGCUCAGUCAUUGAGCACAGCUCUGAUGAGGAUUGGCAAGUCUGUGCCAAGUACUUGCAGUCUUCCCGUAUCAACAUGACUAUUCGACAGGUGUUGGCUGAGGGUCAGAAAUUUCCAGAGGAGUCUGGGACAAACACGGAGAGUCGGGCACCCUCUGAAGACAGUCACCAUCAGGAGAACAGCAGAGCCAAGAGACAUAAACCAACAAACAGCUGAGACCCCAAGGUUGUGCUAACAUGGACUGAAUGGACAACAUCAGUUGUGCUAGAAGUCUUUGUCUAUACAGCCAUUAAGAAACAACUGUAGAAUAAAAGCAGUCCUUGCUGCUGUAAGGAAGAGGUUGGGGUCUGGGAUGAAGAAAUAUAAUGGGAAAGAAGGAUAAAUUUAGGACUGGGACUCAGAAGACGAUCUUCGUUGUGGGCAUUUAUUGUACUUGGUUCCCUCUAUGAUGUACUCUCUGCAACUUUCUGACCUGUAUGUCAGAAUUGGUUCAGUUAUGUUUGUAAAAUGUUUUUAAAUAAUUGGGCAGAAAGUGCUAGCAAAUGAUACCAUUGCUAUUUAUUAAAGAAGCUCAUCAGGCUGGUAAAGCUCAGCUGGAGUGCAUUAACAAAUGUGAGGGAGAGUAGGUUGCUAUGAAACCUACCUGCAGCAUUUCCAAGAGAAUUACUUCUGCAAAAACUGGUUCAGUGAUCAGAAACUAGCAGCUCCCUUGAGCAACACGUGGUAAGCUUGUUCUAGCCUUGUGCUCUCCUUCUGCCUGCUUGCAGCCCCUCAGCUGCAACAGAAAAUGAUUUUGAGUGGAUCUGGACUUCUUGCAUACCUCAGCUUUUAAAGGGAAAUGACAUGGGGCGAUAUUAGAGUACCAGCUGAGUAUGUCCUACACCCCCAUUCUUUCACAACUGUCUCCUCUAAGUGCCUGCAGAUGAGGGUCCCGCAGCCUCAAGCUAGCAUCUGUAAGUUACAGAAUGUCUUUCAAAUAAAAAGCAGUGAAGUUGUAGACUGAGUACGUAAAAAAGAAAAUUAUCAGUGAGCAUCACUGUUGCCAAAGAUAAAGACACUGAAACAAAGAAAAGUACUGGCUUUUGUUCUCAUUCUCUUUAAGAUUCAGGCCUUCCUAUCGGCUUUUUAAUGCAAUUUUAAUUGUUGGAGUGGAAUGCUCUAUCUGUAGGGUAUUUUGUUGCACUUUCCAAUGAAUAAACUUACUCGGUUUUUAAAUUAAA